AUUUUUUCUCAGUUCAAUAGGACACUUUACUAAUUGAUGACUCGUUGACACACUUGGAUGGAUUAUGUUAAUAUGUUUUUCUGCAAGAUGCAUGUUAAUAGAAUCUGUCUUAUAAUUAUCAAAUCACUAUCAUCAAACCACCAUUAUUGAACAUUCAAUGUAUCAAUUAGUGUAUAUCUUGACUAUGCUCCAAUGAGAAGAAUUAUUUGAAUUACAAUUAACUUUCUUUCAUGACAUUAUUAGAAUAUUUGUUUUUUUCUUCAUGACACCUAUUGAGCAAAUCAUUGACAUUUUAAUAGGAGAAAUAGUACUAUAGUAUAUCACUUUUUCUAACUUCUAACUAACCAAAUGGCCAUUGAAUAGUGACCACUUUUCUUCAUAUCUUCUUCUCAUUCUUCUUUCACUUUCAUAAUUCUCUGAUCCCUUUUCCUUUCCCUCUCAAUCAACUUAAAGCUUCAAUUUAUUGCUAACCCUUAACGUAUCUUCCAAUAUAUGUUGACAUAUUCCCACUUUUUUGGUCCUCAAAUCCCUUUACACAUUCAAAUAACGCUAUUCUAGGACCAAAAAGAACAAGUAUACAUGAUCUUUCACAACCCACUUUACACUAACUUCAAUGCUAAUAGUUCCUUCUUACCAAAACAUUGGAAAAAGCCCAUGAUGAUGACCUCAACUUGAACUCACUCAAACAUUCCUCCCAUAAAACUUUUGCAUCCAAACCAAACACCUUCCUAACCUCAUGUUUUUAAAUUGCAGUUGCGAUCGCGUCACAAUUCUAGAUAUUGCGAUCAAAUAUUAUAUCGCUGGCCAAGAUCGCAAUCGCGGACCUUUUUUCCCAUUAGAAUCAUCACUAUUUACAUAUGAUGCAAUAAAUCUUACAAAUUUGAGAUAUUUGCUCACUGAUUUUUUGUUUCACAAUUUCCAUUAUGUCCUCGUGUCAGACAAAACAUCUUAAACAGAAACAUAACAAGAUCAGAAAACGAGGUUGUUCCUCCACUUCUUCUUCAUCACCCUUUUCAAGAAGAUAUAGAUUUAAGAGAGCCAUUUUGAUGGGAAAGAAAAGUGGGUACAAUACACCAGCACCUAUGUGGAAAACAAGCUCAAAGUCACCUUCUAUGGCAACUCAUCAUCACCAUGCUAUGAAAAAGACAGCUUUGCAUUCUUCACGUACUGGAUUACCCUUCAAAGAGAAGAAAGAAAUUUCUGUGUCUGCUAGAAAACUUGCUGCUACACUUUGGGAAAUCAAUGAUUUAACUCCUUCAAGGAUCAAGAAGGAAUCAAUGAAAAGCAAUAAGGAAAGAGACAAAGUUGAGAGGUUAUGUAGAUCAGUGUUGUUGGGACCACAAAAGUUAGAUCCAUUGGUUAGUCCUUUCUCAGAGAGAACAAAAGGUAUUGAAGUUGAUGGCUGCAAAAGAAAUGUGUCAGAUUUAUCUCAUCAAUUUCACUUUGUUGAUCCCUACUUUAGAGGCAUGGAUGCUGGUUGCAAUGCUGAUUUAAUAGAGAAGGUUAGCAAUAAGCCAAAACACAAGAAGAAUUGUGGUAAAUGUAAGGUUGGAGUCAAGAACCGUCUUAAGGAAGCUAAAAGCAGUAUAUCUACAUCGAAGAAGCUUCUAAAGGUGUUAAGUCAAAUUGUUGUUGAAGAGAAGCAUUCGUUGAGAAGCAUGCCCCUCAUCUUGGCUAUGAGUAACGAGCUUGAUCGUGCCUGCAACCAAAUCGAUCAAUUCAUUCAAGAACAAAGCUCCAACCAGAACAAUAUCGAGUAUCUCAUGAAGCAUUUUGAAGAAGAAAAGAUUGCUUGGAAAAGAAAAGAAAGUGAGAAGAUUCGCGAGGUGAAAAUGAGCAUAGUGCAAGAGCUUGAAUUUGAGAAGAAGAUAAGGAGGCAAACUGAGAGACUGAACAUGAAGAUUUCCAAAGAAAUGGAGAACAUAAAAGAUUCCUAUUCAAAACUCUCUAAGGAACACGAAAUGGAGAAAAGGGCUAAAGAGAUUUUGGAGCAAGUUUGUGAUGAAUUAGCCAAAGGCGUUGGAGAAGAUAGAGCACAAGUAGAGGAACUGAAAAGGGAAUCGGAGAAAGUUCGAGAAGAAGUUGAAAAGGAGAGAGAAAUGCUUCAGUUAGCCGACAUUUUGCGCGAAGAACGAGUCCAUAUGAAGCUCUCAGAAGCCAAAUAUCAAUUUGAAGAGAAAAGUGCAAUGCUAGAAAUUCUAAGAAAUGAGCUUGAGAACUUUAUAAGAAAUAAAGAAGAAGAGAAAGGUGAUGAUAUUGAUGUUAAUCCAGGGCUUAAGAAACUCAAGGAUCUUGAAUUCUAUUUGAACAAAACAUUUUUGGAAUUCCAAAAUCUAGAUGAAGAUAAUAAUUCAAUUGAGCAUGAAGAUGAGUCAGUUGAGAGUGAUCUUCAAUCAAUUGAAUUGAAUAUGGACAAUGACAAAAAAAGCUACAAGUGGAGUUCUUCUUGUGAGAAUAUUCCACUUUUUGAGGCAAAAAGAGUUUCAAUUGAUAAAGAUAUAGGGAGAAGAUCUUUUAAAGAUUGGGGAAGUAUUUGCUUCAACAAGGGAACUACAAAUAGUACUAAAAAGAAGGACUUUGUUGGUAUAAAUAUUCAAGAAAGUUUUGAUCAGCUUGAAAGUGGACAAUCAAUUGAAUUUAUUUUUGGAGAUGAAAUACAAGAAGAAAAUGAGGGUUAUACCUAUAAGCCUAUGAGUCUAAGAGACCAUAUAUCAUUUCCAGAUUUUGAUAAAGAAAGUGGUAAACUUUUGAGUUUGAGGUACAUUGAUGGGGAAGCUGAGGAGAAUGCCCUGGCUUUGGAGGGACAUGAUAUGAAGAAAGAUUAUGCACGAAGAAAAUGAAAGGAUAAUUUUUUUUAGGGUUAACCGUGCUUUACCCCUCUGUGUAAUAUAGGUAAUUUCGAGUUUUCCCUCCUGUAAAAUUUUCUUUUUGGAUUCCGUCCUUGUAAUUUGAAGUUUUUUGGUUUUGGACCUUCAUGAAUUUUGACUGUACAAAAUUGAUGAUAUGACAGUGGGGUAAACCGAAAUUUGCUCAAAUUAAUAGGGUGUAAACCGAAAUUUGCUCAAAUUGCAGGGGGGUAAACUGAAAUUUCCUCAAAUUACAGGGGGAAAUUUUUUUCAUGAAGGUCUAAAACCAAAAAAUCUUCAAAUUACAAGGACUGAAUCCAAAAAAAAUAUUUUACAUGGAAAAAACCGAAAAUGACCUAUAUUACAGGGGGUAAAACACUAUUAACCCUUUUUUUUUAUUUUUUAUAGGCUAGCGUUAGUAUCAUAUUGAAAGGUUAUUCAAUUUCUGUUCUUAUGUUACUAUUUA